AUGGCUGGUUCAAUCACUGAGAUAUACAAAAAGAAGCCGUUUACGUACGUUCCUCCAGCACCUCCGGCUGAGCUAAUAGAUUCUACAUCCUACACAUUAGACUUCACCACUCGCAAAUUUGUACCUGUGGGAAUCGAUCCGACUGAUGAUUUCCAAACAGUUAUCCAUAUAUUGACUUCUUCACGUCACGUGAAAAUUAGUAUAGAUUUUCUAAGACGGAUAUUCUCGCUUAUGGGUAACGUACUAUCUUUUAUAUUAGACACGCCGCAAAACUACAAGCGAACCAUAUUUCUCGAAACUGAUUCUUAUAAAAUAUCGAGUAUGGUGUAUAGCGGUUCAAACGUUCUAGUGAUUGAAUCUAAGACUGAAGACGGAUGUAGAGUUUUAUUAAAUCGUAUAGAUUUAAUAAAACUCCAAGAAUUAGAAUGGUGUAUUACUGCUAGUAUUAAAGAAAAAGAAGAAAAAAUAAAACCCGAAAUUAUUAAGCAAAUUAGUGAUUAUUGCGAGUAUUUGAGGGAAAAAUGCUUGCAAUCGGAUUCACCACCCAACAAUUUGAGGGAAAUGGAAAUUUUCAUUCGGAACGUUGAAGUCAGGCAGAGUAAAAAGACACCUAACCUCGGUCAAAUUAAAAUGUUUGCGACUACACAAUUGGCCGAACUUUGUAUGGCUCAUCGGAAAGUACAAGACUCAAAAGUGGCAUAUGAUAAGAAUUUCAAAACGCUGUCAUAUUUCUCACCUAACUAUUCGAUUGUAGAGGAAGGAAUAUCUAAAUCGUAUCAAGAAAUCGAUGCAUGUGAUGAAAUUAAUCCGUUGGAGAAUGAUUUAGUUGAGGACGGGUAUUCACCAAUAUCACCCAGCUGCCCACCAAAAUUCAUCAUCUCCAGCUUACAGGACGAUUCCUGUACAAUACGUGACGCAUUUGAUAAGCCGGAGGAUCAAAUUCUAGCUAAGCCGCUAGAUCAUAUUGACGGUCCACAAUCACCCUCAAGUUCACGGUUGUUCAACAUAGGAGACGGGUUCGAUUUCUUCAAUCGAUUUAAUUCACCACCCUCAACUUACGUCAAUCACCCUACUGCAGCACCAUUACGUAGAGUGAAGCGUCGACUACCACAAUCACCCACAAGUUCACAGCCGUUCGAUGAAGAUGAUGGGUCUGAUUUUUUCAAUUCAAACCAUUCACUGUCUCAAUUUACUACCCACGAACCAUCUGAUCGAGCAACUUAUGCUGUUCACCCCACGCCGCUACGUAAUGUAAAACGUAGACUAUUCUAA